UCUCGUCAUAUGUCAAGUGAACCUGAAAGCCAUUUCUUCUUGCACAGAAACGCAAAGUCAUGCUGGUGCAGGAGCUCUUCCCCUCCACCCCCAGCUGCGCCACCCCCUUUGGACGCGCGCAGGACGGCAAGGACGCACUCAGUUCCGCUGUUUCUCUCUGUUGACGGCAGAAACUCAUCGUUUGCUGAGAGGAUCGGUGGAUUCAUUCAUAAAAAUAGCAACUAAAGCGAACACCAAGGGGCUGAGGAGAGUCUAUGAUCCUGUGGCGGCGCAGUUCCUCCAGCGCGUAACGAUCGCGUCGUGUUUACGAGUCCAACAGCUGACUUCAGGGACCAACCCCAUCACAGAACCAGCAGAAGAAAUUUGUCCUCACAUGCUGCAAAUCUCAGCCUCAGACGUUUGACCGCUUCCUUUUAUUAGAGGGAACGGUAAAUGACAACGGACCACUGAAACCUUAAAGUGGAUUUCUUAAAGCACCUGCAGAAUCCAGACUGGGACUUGGGAGUCAUCUGAUCCUGAUGCAGUCACUCAUGUCAAAACCUGGAUAAAUGAAUCCAGGACCUUUCUUCGUCUUGUUGGGGCACAGAAACACAAAAAACCUUCAAUUAUUCUGCACUGGCACAGGUUUUCCUUUCCUCUGGACUGUUUAAUCUGCCCUCUGGCAAUGGCUUUGAUCAGCAGGGAGUAUUUGUUCCCAACAUGUACACGAAACAUUUAUGACUGAGUAUACUUUUGGUUUAAUGGUGGCACAAUGGAUCUCCUGAGAGCAUCUGCUGAUCUUAGCUUCCAAUGCUUGAAGACCUAAAGAACUUACUCUCAUUUUGAACUUUAACUGGAUCAGAACUAAAAGAAAUCCGCAGAAAACUGGACCCAUUCAUUUUACUCCUGCAUGAUGAAUUGCCCAAUAAGGAAAAAACGUCCAACUUGUGACUCAGACUUUUCAGCCAUCGUGGUUCCCUCCAUGCACGGGUCAGGAUACCUCGACUACACGGUGGAGAACCACGCUCUCAGGUCCCUGAUGGUCAUGGAUGAGUUCCGAAAGCAUGGCAUGCUAUGUGAUGUGUUGCUGCAUGUCACAUACAAGGAGAGGGUGGUAGACUUCAAGGUGCACAGGGUGGUGCUGGCCUCCUGCAGCCCGUACUUCAGAGCCAUGUUCACCAGAGGCUUCAAAGAGUGCAGCGCUUCCGAGGUCACCCUGUGCGACGUGUGCCCCGAGGUGGUGGGACGGCUGAUUGACUUUGCCUACACGGCUCGUAUAACGGUGGGGGAGAAGUGUGUGCUGCACGUCCUUCUGUCUGCCAUGAGGUUUCAGAUGGAGGACGUGGCCAAAGCAUGCUGCGAUUUCCUCAUUAAGCACCUGGAGCCGGCUAAUGUCAUCGGCAUAUCGCGCUUCGCGGAAGAGAUUGGGUGCACAGAGCUGCAACAGCACUGCAGAGAGUACGUCAACACACACUUUAGUGAGGUGACAAAAGCGGAUGAGUUCUUCAGUCUCUCCCACUGCCAGCUGCUGGAGCUCAUCAGUCAGGACAGUCUCAAGGUUCUCUGCGAGUCUGAGGUGUACAAAGCCUGCACAGACUGGGUCCGCGCGGACAUGGAGAGCAGGGCUCAGUAUCUCCACGCCCUCCUGAACGCGGUCCACAUCUACGCACUGCCUCCGAAAUUCCUGAAAAAGCAGCUCGUCUCCUGCCCCAUCCUCAGCAAGGCCAAUUCCUGCAAGGACUUCCUGGCCAAAAUCUUCCAGGAUAUUACGCUGAGGAAGCUCACCCCGGCCCCGAUCCGUGGAACCCAGCUCAUCUACGUGGCCGGCGGGUACCAGCAUACGCAGAAUUCUCUGGCCUCCAUGGUUGCUUUUGACCCCAGGAGAAACAAUUGGCUGAAACUGGCCGACAUGGAAACUCCCUGCAGUGGUCUGGGAGCUUGUGCUCUGUUUGGACUCAUGUACACUGUGGGGGGCAAAAACCUGUCGCUUCAGAAUAACACAGAGUCCAACUCGUUAUGCUGCUACAACCCCAUGACCAACCAGUGGAGCCAGCGAGCCCCCAUGAACAUGCCCAGGAACCGAGUGGGGGUGGCAGUGGUGGACGGGUGCAUCUAUGCAGUGGGGGGCUCCCAGGGUUCUGUGCAAUACAACACAGUGGAGAGGUGGGAUCCAGACUCCAACCGCUGGUCGUUCAUCAGCCCCAUGUCGGUGGCUCGCCUGGGCGCUGGCGUGGCUGCGUGUGGGGGAGCUCUGUACGUGGCGGGGGGUUAUGAUGGCCACAACCGGUGGAACACAGUUGAGAAAUACCAGCUUGACACAAACACCUGGCACCCGCUGGCUCCCAUGAACACUAUCCGCAGCGGGCUGGGUUUGGCAUGUUUAAACUCCUCCCUGUACGCCAUCGGAGGCUACGACGGGCAGAGCCAGCUGUGCACAGUGGAAUGUUACAGCAUGGCCAGGAACAUCUGGGAGCCCAGAGCCUCCAUGCAUCACUGCCGCAGCGCACAUGGAGUCACCGUCCACCAGGGCCGCAUCUACGUCCUCGGAGGUUACAACCAGCACGGCUUCCUGUCCAGUGUGGAGUGCUACUGUCCUGAAACAAACACGUGGAUGUACAUAACGGACAUGCCAGAGGGACGCAGCGGCAUGGGUGUUACCGUCACCAUGGAGCCCUGCCCAGGGAGACUUCUGGAGCUGGAGGAGGAAGAGGACGCCGAGGUCAUGUAGGAUGGAGAAACGUGUGGAGUUUAAGUUUUUCUGAGUGAAAAGACUUUUUGGAGGGAAAUAAAAACUUCAUAAAUGUAUAAACUCAACAUCUCUCAUGUAAAAUAAACAAAAAUUAUUCCUUUUUUGAGAAAAAGAAUGAUAGUGUCUGCUUUGAGUUUGUCCACACUUGUCUGACAAACCAAUGAGACUGAAUUUAAUGAAGACUUCCCUACUUGUGAGAGACGAUGUUACCUUUAGGUUAAAUUAAGUUAUACCUCAGCUGAUUUCCAUUCUUUAGGAGAACAACUCUAAAAAAUGUAAAUACCAGACUGUAACAGAGCUACCGAGUCCUCCUUUCUCUUGUCUCUUUAAAAUGAAAUCUAUAUGCAAGCACUUUUCAUUAUACUGUUUUUACGUGUGUAAAAUCAAUUUUGUUUUGUUUCUUAAAUAAAUGAAAUUUGAAUUUUUUUUUAAA